UCUCACGCGCCUUAUAUGGGAAAGGAAUUAGUUGCGCGAACAAGGGCGGAAACGCAGCGCGGUGACAGCUGGGUAAAUUCACCGACAUCCAGGAAGAAUAGACGAAGCACAGUCUGCUGUCCUGCGAGCCUGCACACUGACUGCACACUCCAACAGCGAAAUAAAACACCAAAUCACUGCUUGACCACUUUAGCAGGUAUGGCUGAUUUGGCGGGUCUGGUGCAGCGGCUGGAGUUGGCGGUUGGUCGUCUGGAGUCCAUGUCUGGCCCUGGAGGCAGCUCUGGUGGAGGUUCAGGAGGAGCUGUAUCUGCAUAUGUAGAGGCGUUCGACGCCAUUGUCAACGGUCCAGUGGCCCAGUACUUGUCCCUCAGUCAAAAGAUCGGGGGCGACGUCCAGAAACAUGCAGAAAUGAUAAAGAAGGGGUUCGCCAGUGAGAGAGAAGUCCUCAUGACGGCCUCCUCCAGCCAGAAGCCCUCUGAUGACGUCAUGAAGAACAUCCUGAAGCCGGUGUCUACAAUCAUCUGUCAGGUGCAGGAGUUUCGCGAGAAGAACCGCACCUCGCCGCAGUUCAACCACCUCUCCGCUGUGAGCGAAAGCGUGCCGGGGCUCGGAUGGAUUGCCAUGGCUCCUAAACCAGGCCCCUAUGUUAAAGAGAUGCAGGAUGCCGCCAUGUUCUACACCAACCGUGUGCUCAAGGACUUCAAGGAGAAGGACAAGACACAUGUGGAUUGGGUGAAGGCUUAUCUCCUCAUCUGGACUGACCUGCAGACCUACAUCAAACAGCACCACACCACCGGGCUGUCCUGGAGCAAGAGUGGUCCUGUAGCUUCGGGCUCCGCAACUCCCCGGGCUCCUGCUGGCGGUUGUCCUCCCCCACCUCCCCCUGGACCUCCUCCUCCCCCCAUGGACAUCAGCUCUGGCAGCAGUGCCGCUCAACCGGACUGUCGCAAUGCUCUGUUUGAAUCCCUCAACAAAGGUUCAGACAUCACUCAAGGCCUGAGGCAUGUGAGCGACAACGAGAAGACCCACAAGAAUCCUAAUCUGAGGGGUCAGGGUGCUCCGGUACGCAGCGGACCCAAACCUUUCGCUUCCCCGACUCCCAGACCUGCUGCGUCUGCCGCCCCUACUCGCACACUGCCCCCAGUGUUGGAGCUGGACGGGAAGAAGUGGAAAGUGGAGAACCAGGAGGGAGCUGAAGGCUUGGUAAUCAAAGAUACUGAGCUCAAACAAGUGGUUUAUGCUUACAAGUGUAACAAGAGCACCCUGCAGGUCAAGGGCAAAAUCAACUCCAUCAUUGUAGACAACUGUAAGAAAAUGGGCCUGGUGUUCGAUGAUGUUGUCGGCAUCAUAGAGAUCAUCAACUGCAAGGAUGUCAAGGUCCAGGUCAUAGGUAAGGUCCCAACCAUCUCUAUCAACAAGACAGACGGCUGCCACGUCUACCUGAGCAAAGACUCCAUGGCCUGUGAGAUCGUCAGCGCCAAGAGCUCAGAGAUGAACAUCCUGGUACCCCAAGGAGACGAUGGAGACUUUUUGGAGCACGCCGUUCCCGAGCAGUUCAAGACCGUCUGGGACGGCAAGAAGCUUGUAACCACAGCAACAGAGAUCGCCGGAUAGACGGGGACUGCUCUAAAAAAAACGGCCACCCCUCCUCCUCCUCCUCCACACCAUCCCCAUCCCCAUCCCCAUUUUUUGCUAAAUGCCUUCCUGACUGAUCCACCGCCCCACCAGCUAACUCUCACACUGUAGACUGAGAUUUGGACCUCAUGCAUUUCUAUCUCCCUCUCCUGUCAUUUUAUCAGCCAAUCACAGCUUAAGCUGUCCCUUCCAUCAGCCAAUGAGAGGACUGCUCGCUUUUUAUUCUCUGGAGCAAAACCCUCUAGCCAAUCAGCAGGGAGCAGCUUGUCGUUCAAAUUGGGUCCCCCUCCCCCUGCGAGCACUUUCCAAAAACAUUCCUGAGUUUUGCCAAUAGCUGCGACGCUCUGAGAGAUUUUGUAUCUUCCUGGAUAAUGCGAAGCUAAAUUUAACAUGUAGAAUAGCCAAAAUGGGACACAAGCACUGCAGCCAAUCAGGAUGCUUCCGGCUGUUAUUCCCUUUCCUAUUUCCUCCUCUUCUUGCUCAGGAGGGGCGGGGGGUGUAUUCUUGAAGUCCUGGUGUAAACAGUUUCUGUUCCAUUAUAUGCAAUUCACUGGUGAAGCACUUAUCCAUCGGGGCCCUUUGACAGAAGAUAAUGGCAUCCAUAUCACCUCCGCUGAUGUUGACUGUAACCACAUUAACACUCAUAGUAGAUUAUAAUGAACAAAUUGUUGGAGCACAUAAAUAAGUAAAAUCUUUUUUCACACAUUAGGAAACUCUCCAUCUAAUAUGAUGUUUGAAAAAUGCAAAGCUACAGGAUAAUUAUCAUUCCAUGUGUUUUCCCUGAAUCCCACACAUCGGACAUUCCCGAAUAUGAAAAAAAACAACAUUCCAUGUAAGGAGACGUGUAAGAGAAAGUUUGUGAUAAAGAGAAAAGAGAUGUCGGAUAAGAAUUGGAAGCAAAAGAAAAGAGGCUAAAGGACGUAAUCGUUGUUAGAAACUUCACCUCCACCUCGGUCUCUAUCGUGGAAACAUCUGCUGUAAUCAUCUGUAAAGAUAUGAACAAUUACUGAAUAGUCUUAAAUAAUCGUAGCCAUGUCUGCACUCUUUGGUUUCCUCCAGCUCUCCACGCUGUGAAGAUGUUCGCUGACUCUUCUUUUAUAUCGUCUCUUUUUCUUUUACCUCCUUUUUAUUUUGUUUUUGGGUCCAAAAUCAGAGUUCUGCUCAUUAGUACUGGAGACAUCAUUAAAAAUGUUGCAAUAAAA